AUGGAAACCAGAAAGGGCCUGCCAGAGAGGGGGCCAGCUACAGGUCGCUCCCUGGUGCACUAUCUGCAGGACCGCAGGGUGUGUGCCAAGGGACACAGGGCAUUACGGGGUUUUGAAAGUCAGCUGAACAGCCUCGCAGCGCGGAGUCUGCCCCAAAUGUUGAGGGAGCACCAACUGGACCUGGGCACCCUGGACAAAGUGUUUGCCUCACAGUGGCUGAAUAGCAGGGAGGUGGUUUGUGGCACCAAGUGCAACAAGCUGUUCAGGCUGGAUGUGCACUCGGGCCAGAUCACACACUGCCCCCUCAUGGUGGACAGAGAGCCUGCACCAGCCGGGAGCCUGCCUGGCUCUGGUAUCCAAGCCAUUGAGCUGAAUCCCUCCAAGACACUUCUGGCCACAGGAGGGGAGAACCCCAAUAGCCUGGCCGUGUACCAGCUGCCCACCAUGGACCCUGUGUGCCUGGGUGACAUCCAAGGCCACAAGGGUGGAAUCUAUGCCAUUGCCUGGGUGAGUGACAGUGUGGUAGUGAGCGGUUCCCAUGAUGGCACCCUGGGUUUAUGGCAUUUGGACCCUGAACUUUUCCAUGAUAACAUUGCUUGGAACAAUAACAGGAGCCUCCCUGUGUAUGGCCACAUCCAUCCAGCAGAUGUCGUAGAUAUCUCCACAUACAGCCCUCUUCCCAGUCACCACCACGUCUGUGCCCUGGCUUUCAGCAGCAGAAACCAGGAGCUGGGAUCAUUUUGCUUGGAUGGCUACUUCCGCCUCUGGAAACCUCAGAGCAACCUGUCCAGGCUGUUCUCCUUCAGAUUGCCCUACUUUGGAGCAAAUGCAUGCAUGACCUACUGCGAUGAGUUCUCCCUGUAUGCUGUGGCUUCCAGUACCUAUGUCUAUUUCCUAGAUCCACGCAAGCCCGAGGAUAACUUACGGCUGCUGAACUGCAGGACAUUUUGCGACAGUGUGUCUUCACUGAGCUUCUACCAGCACAUUAUCACCUUGGGAACAUUCCAUGGCUCCCUGCUCUUCUAUGACAUCCGUGCCCAGAAGUUCCUAGAGCACAGCCCUGAGGUCGGCCAGGACUCUUCUGCAGGGUCCGGGAGGAGAAUGCUCAAGUUCACCUGUAGCAGGGGCUGGAUCAGCCAGGAUACCAUCUGGGCAGACCAGACUCUAGGUUUGAACCAACUGCCAAUUUCCCUGUACACCCACUGCUACAACUGGCCAGAAAUGAAGCUCUUUGUGGCUGGGGGGCCUCACUUUUUUAAUUUCCAUGGAAACUACGCUGGCCUGUGGAUCUGAGGAUGGCUGCUAUUGCUCAAGGAGGAAUUGGCCAAAUGUUACCCUCCCUCCUCCAUGCAGAGAAACAGAAAGAUCCUCUCAUCAUUCAAAGUUUUGAAGACUUUUGUUCCUCAACCUAAACUGACUUUUCAGAUGUAAAAACCCCC